AACUGGGCAUAUGUCGGUUGCUACACCGAAGCCACCAACUACAACCGUGCCUUGAACUCAACAUACUACACUGACCCUAACAACAUGACUCCUUCGGCAUGUCAGACUUUCUGCAAGGGCCGUGGUUUGAAGUAUGCUGGUGUCGAGUAUGCCAGGGAGUGUUGGUGCGGCAAUGCUAUUCAAGUCGUCAAUGGAGCCCAAAAAUUGGCCGAUGACUCUAGAUGUAACAUGGCUUGUACAGGAAACUCGUCCAUAAUGUGCGGUGGAUCUGCCACUCUCAACAUCUAC